AUGCAGAUUCGGAAAGUGUCAGUCGCGCUCGUCCUGGUGCUAGUGGCGCACCAGACCAGCGGCUUCUUCCUCAAGAAGCACCCACCGAAAGUAGUGUACCAUGCACCGCACCAUCCACCUCCCCCACCGCCACCCCCACCAGUGCAACAUUAUGUGGCCUACUAUCCAGUAGUUCAACCAGUGUAUCAGCAGCCGCCGCAGCAGUUGCAGUACCCGGUCACAUAUCAACAACCAACCUACGAUUACUACGCGCAGGCCCCAGCACCAGCACCGGCACCAGCACCGGCACCAGCACCGGCACCAGCACCGGCACCAGCACCGGCACCUGCACCAGCACCGGUUGCAGUAGCUCCGCCUUGCCCCCCGCCGGUCUCACUGCCUCAGCCUCAACCAUCGGUUAUCCAGUUAAACCCACCAACAGCACCAAAGCGGCCGGUAGCAUUGCCACCACCACCACCACCACCACCCCCGCCACAACCACCGAUAGCCCCGAGACCGAUACCGGCGCCCAUCGCGCUGCCCGCUCCGCCAGCCCCUUCGGCCCUCUCUAUCAGCAAUGCUGCUGCCUCCGUACAAUCACUUCCGUCGGCUUCAUUCUCCAGUGCUAGCAGCAGCAGCAGCAGCAGUAGCUCGGCCGCCAGCCAAACCAAUUCGUUCGGCAGCCCUCAGACAACCUACAUUCCGGUGGGCAGUGGCACGGUCGGCGUCCAGGGUUUGCCAGCUUUCGAGCCGGCAUAUUUCGCCGGCGAUCAGCCAUCGUUCGCCUCAUCGUCGGCCUCGUCGUCGGCAUCAGCAUCUUCCGGAGCAUCGGCAGGUACCACCUUUGUGCCGCUGUCAACCGGCGGACGACCGGGAGUUCCGGUCGAGGUGGUGCCAGCCAUCGGCUACAAGAUGGGUAGCUCGACCGACUUCAUCGAGGUGAUCAAAUCGGAGGGUCGGUACCUUGCCCUCGAACCGGAAACGACUGACAUCGUCUCGGAUGUGCAGCUCAUCCCGGUCGGUGCGAUCCAGAGCGCCAACGGGAUUCCGGCCGCAAGUGGAUCGUUCGGAGCUGCUUCCGGUGGUUCCAGCUCAUCGUCUGCCACGGCGUCCAGUUCGGCGGCAGCCGCCCCCUCUCUCUCUUCCGCUUUCUCCACUUCCUCGUCGUCGGCGACGGCAUUUGCCGAUGCCAACGAGGAGAUCGCCUACCAUCUGGUACCACCGUCGGCGUUCGGGGGGACCGACAAGCGCCGCAAGAAACACAUCGCCACGGCCACGGCGGAGGUGAAGGCCGCCGUACGACCAAGUGAGCACCAGUGGCAACCGGUGGGCUACGAUUCGCCCGCCGGUUACAGUCGAGUGUCAUUCCAGUAA